CCGGCGCCUGCGUGGCCCGGGCGGGCGGCGUGGAGGGGGAGCGCCCGCCUGUGUGGGUGGAGGGGCUGGCCGGGCGGGAGCGGCGCGAGGGGCUCCGGCGCCGCUGCGCGGGCGGCCAUGGAUGAAGAGGCCUGUCGGAGGAGGCGAAAUGUGGGCGGAGUCGGGGCGAACGGAGGAGGGGACGGUGCCGCUGGCCGGGCGGGAGCGGCUGGCGUGGACAGAGGACCCGCGAGAGCCGCGCCGGGAGCGGGGAGGCGGAGACCGCGUCCCGCGCGCGAACGACGCCCGCGCCCGUUCGCUCCCUGAGUGGGCGCUCGGUGAACAGUGCCAUAAUGACAGUGGCUGAGGUUUAGUCAGCGUCUCUGUCUGUGACUUGCAAACGCUGUGCGAAGUUCAGUGUCCGUGUUUCUCACUUAACUCUGAAAACAGUCCUUUAUGGUCAGAGGUGGUGCUCUCGUUUUAUGGUCAAGUCACUUCUCUGAGACCCUGCGUGAGUAGGUGGUAUGUCCGAAACUGCAACUGUGUCCUGUUGGUGUCCAGAGCCCAUGCCUCUGACAGCAGCUGGUGCCUCCCAGCAGUGCCUGCGUCCUGGACACAAGCUGCAGAGACCCAGUGAUGGCAGUCAAGCACCUCCUUCCUGGUGGGAUCCAGGCCUUGGUUUCCUUUGAGGACGUGGUUGUGCUCCUCUCUCGGGAAGAGUGGGGCCUUCUGAAUCCCGCUCAGAGGGGCCUCUACAGGGACGUGACGCUAGCGACCUACAGGAACCUGGUCUCACUGGGACUUCAAGGUUCCAAACCUGAUAUUGUCUCCAGGCUGGAGCAGGAGGAAGAGCCAUGGGCCCCACACUCACCAAGAAUUGAGGGCAGCAGGGUGUGGAGGCACAGGAGUGGAGGUUAUGAGUCUAGAAUGGAAAAAAAGGAGCUAACUCCAAAGCAGGAAAUUUCCAAAGAAAUGGAGUCCCAGAGAGCAAAAUCAGAAGAACGUGUAAGGAAUAUUUCCAAGGAACCUGAUUCUGAAAAGAUGAGUAAAAUUGAGGGGAAAUUAAAGGAUUGCUGGAGAAAACCUUCAGUGGAAGGACUUAAGAAAUCUUUCUGCCAGAGGAGCAAUUUCAGGCCAGUGACAGUGACCCAUGUGAAAACCCCCACAGUGGGGGAAGGCCAGAAAUUCAAUGCAGUUGAGGUAAACUGCACUGCAGACUCAAACCCUGUCAGAUAUCACAGAGUGUCUAGAGGGGAGAGUCUCCAUCAGAGUGUGUCAUGUGUAGAAAACUUUCGACAAAGUGAGGACCUCAUUAACCUCCAGAGUUUCCAUCCAGGAGAAAAAGCCUGUCAGACAGACGUGUUUGUGAAAGUGCCCAAGCAGAGUUUAGUUCGUAGUGAGAAUCAGAGGAUUAACAAUCCAGAGAAACCCUCUGAGUGUACUGAGUGUGGAAAAACUUUCAGUCACAGCAGAGCUUUUAUUCAGCAUCAGAGAGUUCAUACUGGAGAGAGGCCCUAUGAAUGUGGUAAAUGUGGAAAAACUUUCAGUCAACACUUUGUCCUUAGCAAACAUCAGAGAAUUCACAGUGGUGAGAAACCCUACAUCUGUGAUGAAUGUGGCAAAGCUUUCAGUGCUCGUUCGUACUUUGUUCAGCAUUGUAACAUUCACACUGGAGAAAGACCCUAUGAGUGUGAUGAAUGUGGGAAAGCUUUCGGUACACGUUCAUCUUAUGUUCAACAUCUUAAAAUUCAUACUGGGGAGAAACCUCAUGAGUGUAAUCAGUGUGGGAAAGCCUUUAGUCAUAGCUCUAACCUGAUUCAUCAUCAGAGAAUUCAUAGUGGAGAGAAACCUUACAAGUGUCGGGAAUGUGGGAAAGCCUUCAGUAGACAGUCACACCUCAUUCAGCAUCAGAGAACUCAUUCUGGAGAGAAACCGUAUGACUGUACUGAGUGUGGCAAAGCCUUCAGUGCACGAUUAUCUCUCAUUCAACACCAGAGAAUUCAUACAGGAGAAAAACCCUAUGAAUGUAAUGAAUGUGGAAAAUCCUUUAGCCUGAACCGAACCCUUACUGUCCAUCAAAGAAUUCACACUGGAGAGAAACCCUAUAGGUGUAAUGAGUGUGGAAAAUCCUUCAGUCAGCGCUCACAAGUUAUUCAACAUAAAAGAAUUCACACUGGAGAGAAGCCUUACAUCUGCAAUGAGUGUGGAAAAUCAUUCAGUGCUCGCCUGUCCCUUAUCCAGCAUCAGAGAAUUCACACUGGAGAAAAACCUUAUGGAUGUAAUGAGUGUGGGAAAACCUUCAGUCAAAAGGGACAUCUUAUUCAGCAUCAGCGAAUUCACACUGGAGAAAAACCCUAUGAGUGUAGUGAGUGUGGAAAAGCUUUCAGCCAGAGUUUUAACCUUAUUCACCAUCAAAGAACACACAAUGGUGAGAAGCCCUAUGAAUGUAACGAAUGUGAUAAAGCCUUUAGUGUGCUCUCUUCCCUUGUUCAGCAUCAGAGAGUACAUAAUGGAGAGAAACCCUACGAGUGCCGCAAGUGUGGAAAGGCCUUUAGCCAGGGCUCACACCUAAUUCAGCAUGAGAGGAGUCACACUGGAGAGAAACCCUAUGAGUGUAAUGAGUGUGGGAAAACCUUUGGACAGAUAUCCACUUUAAUUAAGCAUGAGAGAACACACAAUGGAGAGAAGCCCUAUGAAUGUAGUGACUGUGGGAAAGCUUUCAGCCAGAGUGCACACCUUAUCCGCCAUCGAAGAAUUCACACUGGAGAGAAUCCUUAUGAGUGCAGUGACUGUGGGAAGGCCUUCAAUGUUCGUUCCUCUCUCAUUCAACAUCGCAGAAUUCAUACUGGUGAAAAGCCUUAUGAGUGUAGUAAGUGUGGCAAGGCCUUCAGUCAGCAUUCACAAUUUAUUCAGCAUCAGAGGAUUCACACUGGAGAGAAGCCCUACGUGUGCAAUGAAUGUGAGAAGCCCUUCAGUGCACGCUUAUCCCUUAUUCAACACAAGAGGAUUCACACUGGAGAGAAACCCUACGAGUGCACAGAAUGUGGAAAAUCCUUCCGACAAAGCUCUCACCUUAUUCGACAUCAGAGAAUUCACAGUGGAGAGCGACCUCAUAAGUGUAAUGACUGUGGGAAAACUUUCAGUCAGAGAAUAACUCUUAUCAGUCAUGAGAAAACUCAUAAAAUUCCCGUUGGAGAGCAAGCCUGUAAGUGUAGUAAGUGUGGGGAGCUCUUUAGUGCACAGGCGGCUUUCAUUCAGCAUCAUCAAGUUCACAGUGGAGAGUGACUGCUGUAUUUGACAAAUUUUUCACUGUUUUACAGCAGGAGAUGUAAAUACUGAUGAGAAAGCCGUCAUUUUAUGACUCAUUUUGGAGAUUCAGCUCUUACGAGAUUUAUCUCCCAAUGAGCUGCUAACUAAAGGCAGGCUCCCAAAUUAUGUGGUAAAAAUUCCAAGGUAACAUACCUUCCCUCAGAUUCGGAGGAUGGCCCUCUGCUUUAGUACUUUAAACAAGUGCAAUUUAAAUAUACUUAUUUAGGGGCCGGCCCAGUGGCACAAGCAGUUAAGUGCAUGCACUCUGCUGCAACGGCCCAGGGUUCACCGGUUCGGAUCCUGGGCACGCACUGACGCACCACUUGGCAAGCCAUGUUGUGGCGGUAUCCCAUAUAAAGUGGAGGAAGAUGGGCACGGAUGUUAGCACAGGGCCAGUCUUCCUCAGCAAAAAAGGAGGAUGGCAGAUGUUAGCACAGGGCUGAUCUUUCUCACAAAAAAAAUAAUAAUAAUAAAUAUACUUAUUUAGAUCAUGUUUUUAUAGCACCAGACAUUAGGGUAGUUAGGUAUUUCAUUUGGCCACUUGUGUUUCUUUUCUUUCCUCUUCAUCGUCUGUUUCAGCUUCAAGAAAAGUAACUGGGAUCCUUGCACUUUCAAGUGUAAUGGAACCAGUUUGGGCUUUCUUGUUUAUUUAGGCCUCUUCAAAAUGUUUUUGUUCUAUUGUGAGAGAUAUGGUACCUUUAACUUCAAAAUUUAUUUCUUUUCAGCAUCAGGUAAUCCACACAGGAGAGAAACCUUAUGAGUAUAAGCAAAGUUUGUUAAGCAAUGAGGUGAGGCUUAUGUGUAGAUUCAAACUGUUGAGAUCCUGCUGAGAAGUCAAAUGAUACAUGUAAAAUGGGUUUUUCUACAGGGUAAUUUGGACAGAAAAAAAGAGAAAAGCCUGAGAAUUGGGAGGAAAAUAGGCGUAAAGUAGAUACAUGGUGGCAUGGGACACAGCUUAUAGAUUCGGUUUUUAAAACCAAGGUUGGUAUAUCCCAUCUCAGUUUCUAAGGGAGAGAAGGUGAGUAGUGGCAGCUGCUUCCUUUUCCUGGGCAGCCUGGCACUGAACAUUCUGGGAGGAGGGGCAGGUCCUUCUGCCGGAGGACAGGACUCCAGGUGAGGCAGGGUCAUGGCAUUAAGCAGAUUUUAGUAGGCAGGGAUCAUGCAGGUUGUCUGUCAACAUAUGAACUCGUGUGUGUGUGUGUGUGUGUG